AUGGAUCUGCAGCUUCCAAGCCUGGUCCUACGCACCAUCGCAGAAAGACUGAUUGAGGACCUCGAAGACCCUGACGUGCGCCAGGAAACCAUCUCGACACUUUGCUCGCUGCGACUGACGUGCCAGGAGCUUGCCGAAAUGUGGACUAUCAGAGCCGCCCUGUUCGAAGAGCUCAAUCUCCAUGCCACGAAUGAUAAUCUGUCUCGACUGCGCCAGACCAAUAUCGCAAAAGCGUUUGCCCCUUUUGUACGCAGCAUCAGAUUCUACGCAUCACCGUUCUCUUCCGAUGUCGACUUUCAGCAUUUUAGAUUGAUACUAUUUGUGCAAUCCGUCUUUGAGAGGGAACCCGAAAAGUGUCACGUCUGCGAUUACAACCCCUAUGAAAAUAGUGGAGGUCGUGUGCUGGAUCUUUCGGUGCAAGAGGGCCAUUCUCGAUACGCUGCAUACAAGACUCGCACCCAGGAUGACGCCAAUCUCAUCACUAAUGGUACUUUGCAAUGUGCUUGGACGUCGGCAUUGUCAGCAUUUAACAGGCUUGAGUCCAUCUGUCUUGGUUCAGUCACAGACACCUGCGAAGCAGGCUCCUUCAGUUUGCAGCGAGGCGUUUUCCCGUCAAGGCGCGACUGCUGCGGCUCAUCGCAAAGCUUCCUGAGCGAGCUGCUUUUCACUCCUGGCGACCUCCUCGCGAGUGCAGUAGCGCAGUGUCUUAUAUCGAGCAGAAGAUCACUCAAAUCGCUGACUUUUGGUUUCGAGCUUCCAAUAACUCAGGCUCCAAAAUAUUGGGAUUCUGUCAGUCUUGAAGGGUUACAAGAACUCUCAUUUCGUCCUCUGCCGCCUCCGGCAUGGGAAGAACCACGAGAUGAGGAAGAACCAGGGGAUGAGGAAGAAGAACGGUAUGAUACAGUUUGGGCAAAGACUAUGCUUGAAACGUCCCAUAGCACCUUACGGUCUUUUGAGCUAGUGCAAAAUCACCGUUACGGAGAAAUUUUCUACUGGGACCGCAUCGCCAUCGCCAAAUUCAACUUCCUGUAUCUUCGCAGAUUGCGGCUUGAUGGCGUGGAUUUUUCAUCUGCAAGGCUUGCCGCUGACAUACUUCGCUUUGAGGCAUUGACUUGGAUCGAGAUCAGUCACUCCCAGCCAAGUGGUGAAGUACAUCAAUGGAAGAUCAUAUUCGACGCGAUUCGCCAAAGACCAACUCCCCUGCAUCUCAGAUUUCACGAAAACUAUCCUGGCAAGAGAAUCAACGCUGUGUGUUUCGACACCUCACAUGAAGUUCAUUCCGCACCCUCGCCAAUAGAAUGGAGUCUCGGGCGCUACCUUUCUAACAAAGGGGAUUGGAACACUACGCUCGCUGCUUGUUUUGGCUGGUCCUGA